UAAAUCCGUUGAAAGUGGGCCAUCUUAAAGAGAUGGUCCUUAAUACGGGUCGUUUCAAAAUCGGAGCCUUUUGCAGGCCGAUUUGAGAUCCAUCAGUUAAACCACAUACACUAAACCCAACACUAUCACCUCUAGUAAACCUAAAUCCCCUAUUUUAUCUCCUAAAUCUAGGCCCUAAUCUUAUCUGCUAUGUGAAUUCAAUCCUAAUUUUGGAUAAUCUUUUGGCUGGACAUGUCGAUGUGUUAUCUGCAUUGAUGAUUUACAGGAUUUGAAGAUCUGGUGGAGUAGUUUUUAGUUUCGAUGGACUGUGAUUCAAAUGUUGCUAGAGCUUGGUUUGUUCGAUUAUACUCCAUCMUUAUCGGCUGAUUGUGCUUAAAAAUGUAUUUCUGAAGUGGUUAUGGAGUGAUACAUGAACGGCGGACCUGUGGCGGUGAUGACGGUGUAUGUGUAUAAACGUGUUUUUGUGUAGAAAUUUAGUUAAASGAUGUCGUUUAAGAGUAUGCUUCAGGAUAUGAAGGGCGAAUUUGGGAGCAUUUCUAGAAAAGGAUUUGGAUCGAGGUCGAGGUCGAGGUCACAGCAAAUGGUCGGAGAUAGAUCUGCGGCGGCCAUUGUUGAUGCUUUGAAGCAGAGUUGUUGGGCGAACAUGCCGCCGGAGCUAUUACGGGAUGUGUUGAUGAGGAUUGAGGCAUCGGAGAGUACUUGGCCUGAUCGGAAGAAUGUGGUUUCUUGUGGUGGUGUUUGCAGGAAUUGGAGAGAAAUUAUGAAAGAAAUCGUGAAGAAUCCAGAAUKUUCUGGCAAAUUAACUUUCCCCAUUUCGCUGAAGCAGCCUGGUUCAAGGGGCUCUUUAAUACAAUGCUUUAUAAAGCGGAAUCGGAGCGCGCAAACGUAUCAUCUCUACCAAAGUCUGGAUCAAGGUGUUGACGAGGGGAAGUUCCUUCUCACUGCAAAAAGGUGUAGACGCGCUACAUGCACGGAUUAUAUAAUUUCUCUAAAUGCGGAAGACGUGUCAAAAGGGAGCAAUACUUACAUAGGAAAGUUAAGAUCAAACUUCCUUGGGACAAAAUUCACAGUCUAUGAUGCACAACCUCCAAAUGCUGGAGCUUUGGCAACAAAAUGCCAUUCCUUCAGACCAGGGAGUAUGAAACGAGUGUCUCCCAGAGUUCCUGCCGGAAACUACCCAGUUUCCCACAUUUCGUAUGAGCUGAACGUCUUGGGAUCCAGACACAGGGGUCCAAGAAGGAUGCAUUGUGUCAUGAAUGCAAUCCCUACAAGUGCCGUUGAGCCAGGAGGAGUUGCUCCUACUCAAACCGAGUUCCUGCUUAGCAACGUGGAUUCCUUUUCGUCUCUCCCCUUUUUCAGAUCAAAAUCCGCACGAGUCGAUAAUUCCCAAUUGGGAUCAUCAUUAUUUGCUCAGAAGGACGCGAUGUUGACGUUGAAGAACAAGGCACCUAGGUGGCAUGAGCAACUCCAAUGCUGGUGUCUCAACUUCAAUGGGCGGGUGACCGUUGCUUCAGUGAAAAACUUUCAGCUGGUUGCUUCYGUGGAGAAUGGAGGUGGAGGUCAGGAACACGAAAACGUGAUUCUUCAGUUUGGAAAAGUUGGAAAAGAUGCGUUCACGAUGGACUAUCAAUACCCGAUAUCGGCCUUUCAGGCGUUUGCGAUCUGUCUUAGCAGCUUUGACACCAAAAUUGCCUGUGAAUGAAUGACCAACAAACAGGUUUAGGCAAAGCUGCAAAUGAUGGUUUUUGGAGUUAUGUGCAGUAUAAUAUUUGCCUAAAGACAGAGCAGGAAGGGUUAGUUUAUUUUUAUUUUUUUGGUAAAAUUAUUUCAUCUGUAAAUAUGCUUUCAUUUGUUACAUGAGCCASAUAUUUGAUCAGCAGCUCUUUCUAUUUAUGGGAUAUUUUAACAGCGAGAUUGUCRGUCAAAUCAGUAUGUUGUGACUCA